AUGACUUACGGAGGUAGAGACCAGCAGUACAACACCGACAACUACAACUAUCGUGGUGGCGACUACCGUGGUGGCAGAUCUUCGGACAGAAACUCUUACAACAGAGACGGAGGUUACCAGAACGGCGGUGGACGUGGUGGAUUCCAGCGUGGUGGUGGUUACACCGAACCCCAAGAACUUGUGGCUCCUAACUGGGACGAAGAAUUGCCAAACUUGCCUAAGUUCGAGAAAAACUUUUACGUAGAACACGAAUCUGUUCGCGACCGUUCCGAUGCGGAAGUGGCUGCUUUCAGAAAGGAAAACGAGAUGACCAUCUACGGAAAAGACAUUCCUAAGCCAAUCACCUCGUUCGACGAGGCUGGCUUCCCAGACUACGUUUUGACUGAGGUCAAAGCCGAGGGUUUCGAGAAGCCAACCGGGAUCCAGUGUCAAGGUUGGCCCAUGGCCCUCUCUGGUAGAGACAUGAUCGGUGUGGCCGCUACUGGUUCCGGUAAGACUUUGUCUUACUGUCUGCCCGGUAUCGUGCACAUCAACGCCCAGCCUCUAUUGUCUCCCGGCGAUGGUCCAAUCGUUCUAGUGUUGUCCCCAACCAGAGAAUUGGCCGUUCAGAUCCAGAAGGAGUGCUCCAAAUUCGGUAAAACUUCCAGAAUUAGAAACACCUGUGUGUAUGGUGGUGUUCCAAAGGGUCAGCAGAUCAGAGACUUGACUAGAGGUGCUGAAAUCGUCAUUGCCACUCCAGGUAGAUUGAUCGACAUGUUGGAGAUCAACAAGACUAACCUAAAAAGAGUCACUUACCUGGUGCUCGAUGAAGCCGACAGAAUGUUGGACAUGGGUUUCGAACCUCAAAUCAGAAAGAUCGUCGACCAGAUUAGACCAGACAGACAAACUCUUAUGUGGUCUGCUACCUGGCCUAAGGAGGUCCAACAAUUGGCUAGUGACUACUUGCAUGAUCCUAUUCAGGUCAACGUAGGUUCUUUGGAAUUGGCCGCUUCCCACACCAUCAAACAAAUUGUCGAGGUCGUCUCUGAAAUGGAGAAGCGUGACCGUUUGAUGAAGUACUUGGAAAUGGCUUCCGAAGACAAAGAAUCCAAGAUUUUGGUUUUUGCCUCUACCAAGAGAACUUGUGACGAAAUCACCAGAUAUUUGAGAGAAGACGGAUGGCCAGCUUUGGCUAUCCAUGGUGAUAAAGCUCAAAACGAGCGUGACUGGGUUUUGCAAGAAUUCAGAACCGGUAGAUCUCCUAUUAUGGUGGCCACCGACGUUGCCGCCAGAGGUAUUGAUGUCAAGGGUAUCAACUUCGUUGUAAACUUCGACAUGCCAGGUAACAUCGAAGAUUAUGUGCACAGAAUCGGUAGAACCGGUAGAGCCGGUGCCAGCGGUACUGCUGUUUCUUUCUUCACCGACGCUAACAAAAGUUUGGGUGCUCAACUAAUUAGCAUUAUGAGAGAAGCUAAGCAAGAGGUUUCUCCAGAAUUGAGCAGAUUCGACAGAAGACAGUACGGUGGUCACCCAAGAUACGGACGCGGCGGCUUCGGCGGUCGCGGCCGUGGUCGUGGCGGUUACGGCGGUCGUGGCGGCCGUGGUGGUAACCGUGGUGGUUUCAGAUCCGCCGACGGCGGCUGGGGAAACAGAGGUGGCAACAGAAACAUGGGCUACUGA